AUGUCGAAGCCAUCGCAGGUGGCAGAUUCGUCCGAACGUACCUCAGUACCUGACGGCCUCUUCCAUGCCCGACCUGAAGCCAGAAGCGUCACGCCAAUUACGGGGGAUUCAACGCCUCUCCACGGCCCAUCUCGCUCGAUUGCAGUUGAUGCAAUUCUCAAUCCCCCCGCAAACCCCUCCUUUGGGUCACCGUCUCACACUGGCCAAGGCAGCACAUUGGAAUCCCCCACCUUAUCAACAUCACCCUCUCCAUCGCCAUCUCCGGGGGUUGCACUCUCGCAAACUGAUCCAGCGCGCUUCCGCCUUGACAAGUCAGCCUCACCGAGAAAUCAGCAACAGCGGGCGUUUACUCCGCGAUCACCUGCUCUUAAUGCUGGAGGCGUAGGCAGCCGAUACACGCCGCUUCCUGGUACUAUGGAUGUAGCGCAUUUUCCUUUUCUUCGGUCCCCGCCUCCUCAAAGCAGCUCAAUCCUGCAGCCUAAUAGUUUCAAUUACCAUCCGCCAAACCUGGUGUCGGAUCCACGGGUUCCUCAAACGCAACCGCAGCCACUAUCUCAAGAAACAAGCCCCAGCACACCACAUUCAUCCUACAGUCCAUUUCCGCAGGGUUCACCAGCACAUCUAUUGCAUCAGCCAUUAGCUAUUCCCCAAGCUGGACUACCUUCAUUUGUGCCGCACCAGAUGCCCGUUGAUGCUACCCAAGGUUUAAUUCCGGUUACCAUUGAUAUGGAUUCGGGAUCAAGAAAGGCGGCAGUCAAGCGUCAGAAAAACAGCUGCGCUUCUAAGAGGUUUCGCGAAAGAAAGAAGGCAACCGAAGAUGAGCAGAGGCGCAUUAUUGAGCGAUUUCAAGAAGAAAUAAAACAGCUAAAGCAAAUUGCAGUGUUCUAUAGAAACGAGCGCGACUAUUAUCGAGACUACGUAGCUAGGAUUCCUGGAGCACAUAUAUCACAGCGUCCAGUCUCUCCCAAGUUUCGGGAGCACGCCCCACUUCAGCAGGUGUCGGAUUCGGAAUCGGACGAUAGGCGGAUCUCUGGUCGCAAUGUUCGACCUCGAACAGAAUCAUCGAGUUCGCGGAAGUCUCUGCCUGCCACCCUUCAGCCUGUGGUAUACAAUUCUCCAGGAUAUCCGCUUGGCCCACAGAGUCCAUGGGCAACUGUCGCUCAAGGUGCAAUGCCGUCGGAGCUUCCACAACAGUUCCAAGCGCCUCUUCACCCAACUUACCAACCGCCCCCCUCUCAGCCUCCUCCGAGAGGGUAA